AUGUCGCCGUACAUCCUGCUUCUUCCAGUAGUUGUUGGCUACCUGGCCCUUGCAAAAUCGCUCAGGUACCGUCGUAUCGCACAGCUGCAAGCACAGUAUGGCUCCACUGCGGUACAAUUCGCGAAUCUCGACUACAAGGAUGCGCAGAAGAUCAUCGCUCAGAUAGGUCUAUACGAGUUCCCCUGGAUCUUUCUCGCGGGAAAGGACUUUGCGUUCCUGAGAGCCUUCGCAAUCCCCGGUAUCUCUAAGGUAUCAGUCGCAGCCAAGGAAAUGGUAUCUCGUGUGGGAAAACGUUACGCAGACACCACCGUCCUCGUCGGCGAAUUCCUCGUCAACGACAUCGACAGCGAACGCGCCUGCAUCGCCAUCAAUCGCAUGAACUGGAUUCACUCACGCUACGGCAGCAAAAUCAAGAUGGACCAAAUGGUCUACACACUCUGUCUACUAACCUGCGAGGCCCUACAGUGGAUCGACCGGUACGACUGGCGACAGACCACCGCCCUCGAGAAGCAUGCAUCCUGGGUAUUCUGGAACGAAGUGGGAAAGCGAAUGGGGCUUACAGACAUACCUGAAAACUUUGAGGCGUGCGCAGAGUUUAUCGAGGCGUUUGAGAAGCGGCACAUGAAGCCUUCGGAGAACAACGCGAUCAUUGCUCAGGGCGUCUUUACACUGUAUGCGUCGACUGUUCCUGCUUUCUUGGCCCCCGUUGUACGCGCCGUCUUGAUUGCUUUCAUGGAUACGCGGCUGAGCGACGCCUUCAAGGUAGCCACUCCGCACACUAACUUUGUCCGGUCUUUUCUGUGCCUUGUCUUGGCGCUACGGAGGUACUUUGUUCGUCACCUGAUGCUGCCACGAUACUCGACGUUGCAAGUGUUUGGUGAGGAGAAUGCCGCUGGAUUCCGUCCAAUGCUGUUUUGGGAAAUCGAGCCGUGGAUGUAUACUCGCUUCUGUGGGCUGCCUGUGGCGGGCGAUGCAAAGUUUCGGCCGGAAGGAUACAAGUUACAGGAGAUUGGUCCGAAGCAUCUGGAGGGCAAGGGCAGCGAGGAAGUCUUGUCUUUUGUGAAGAAAGGCGGGGCUUCGUCGUUCAGUACCUUUGGACAGUUCGAAGAUACCAUCUACAAGAGAGGUGGGGGAUGCCCGAUGGACGCUGGAAUCGCUUCUCCAUCCCCAAAAGGUACAUGCCCACUAGGCUACGAAGAAAGUCUCACAGCGGCACAGUUCAAAAAGGGCACCUACGACCGUCCACUUGGAACCAGUCUCUCUACACCCAUAUCCCAGGUUUCCCAUGCACUCAAAGUCGCUUUCCCGAUGGCCUCGGAGUUGUAG